CCCGCCGCGCUGGCGAGGCUGAAAGAGCGGCGCACGCCCAGCGCUGCUGCCCGGCAGGACGGAGGAGGAGGCGCUGACUGCGGGGAGGAAGCUGGAUGAAGACUUGUGCCUCCGGGCGGGUUCGCCAGCCCCCCGGGCAUGAAGGGGACGGUGGGGACUCUGCCCUGCUCUGCCGCCGAGCGGGGACAUCAGUCAUGUGAAAAAAGAAGAAAAUGCAUACCUGACAAGGAGUGGACUGACUGAAGCUGGUACAACUGAUAGCUAGUAAUAAGCUAUCUCUGCAAUCAGCUGCAACAGACAUCACACAGAAGCUGCCUGAUCCUGAUAAUAUUCAUCUGUUUGAAUAGCUUACUAACGCAGACAGUAUUCUAAAGGAGAUGCUGGCAUGUCUUUUCCUCCUGUUAGUUUUACAUGUAAACUCAUUUAGCCUUGAGUGCAUGAAUUAUGCUUUUUCACAAUCUAGGUCUUUAAUGAGGAAAAAAAAAUCAUGAUAGCAAAUUGAGAUGCUGCAGACUUUUGUCACAAUAAAGCAAUUUGUACUGCAGGAGAAAUAGGGACAACUGGUGAUAUCUUCAGUAGUCACAGAAGAUUAAGGAAACAGGGUGAUUGGAAUGGAAAGAUAAGAUUAUCUCCUUUUCUUGUAAAACAAUCUUGCAUUAUAUCGGUAGUCUCUAGAACCAGUUGACAGGAACAAAUGAGAAUAUUGAACUAGAUGUUGAUAAUAGGAAGAGCACAACAUUAGAAUGUAAAAAUGUCUGAAAGCUACUCAAAGCACUUUCAUUUAUCUACUCAUAAUGGGUAUCCUGGCUGAGUUUUAACAUGCUACACUAGGACGCUAUUAAAUAUGAUAUUGUUUGAAGAGGACUCUUGAAACAGCUUAUAAAAUCACAAAACUAAUUAAAUAACUAAAAUAAAAUCCUCUAUUUCUGAAUGUAUGUGUUUGCCAAUAUACUCUAAACUUUAAUGUUACAUGUUCUUUAUCUGUGCUGAUAAGUAUUUUUAAAUUCAAGAACUGCCUUGUACUGAGAAAUGCUGGAGUUAUUUAGCAAAAGAUUCUAAAACUAGAGUUUGAGUUGGUAGUAGAGCAGCUGAAAAUGGGAAAGUUUAAAUUUCUCUUUCCUGCAUCAUGUUUUCCUGCAUUAUAUUUAAUGUUUAAAAAAAUCUGAGGAUCAAAUGUUUAAUUAUGUGGUGAUGACUCCCUAUGAAAAUGAUGUUUGUGACACUUCCAAAUGUUACAGAGUGCUCAGAUGCUAAUCCAGCAGGAAAUAUUGAAGUGGAAGUAGUUGAAAUGCUUUUGCGUCCAGGGAAAGGAAGAGUUCCAUUUCCUGUAGGUAGACACAGGAAGACAGCUGCCUUCAGAUGAUCCAGAACUCACUGACAGUUUCUCUUGCUGUCCUACUUAAUGAGAACUUCAGAAGAUACUAACUGAGCAGAUGGUACGUGAGCAAUACACUACAACAACACCAGGCACUAGCCUAGAGAGGCCGAAGAAUGAAUAUGUCUACAAAAUCGGAAUUUAUGGCUGGAGAAAGCGUUGCCUCUACCUGUUUGUUCUCCUCCUGCUUAUCAUCCUAGUUGUGAAUUUUUCUUUGACAAUUUGGAUUCUUAAAGUGAUGUGGUUUUCCCCAACUGGAAUGGGACACCUGCGUGUUACGAAAGAAGGUCUUCGUCUGGAAGGGGAAUCGGAAUUCUUAUUCCCUCUUUAUGCCAAAGAAAUCCACUCUCGAGUGGACUCAUCACUGCUUCUCCAGUCUACUCACAAUGUGACUGUUAACGCUCGCAAUUCAAAUGGGGAAGUCACAGGCAGAUUAAAUGUGGGUCCUAAAGUGGUAGAAUUCCACGGUCAGCAAUUUCAGAUCAACUCAAAGGAUGGCAAACCACUUUUUACAGUGGAUGAAAAUGAGGUUGUAAUUGGCACAGAUAAACUGCGAGUCACAGGACCUGAAGGAGCGCUUUUUGAACAUUCUGUAGAAACACCACUUGUGAAAGCAGAAGCCUUUAAACAGCUUAGGCUGGAAUCACCGACUCGAUCUUUGAGUAUGGAUGCACCACGAGGAAUUAAUAUCAAAGCACAAGCUGGGAAUAUCGAAGCUCUUUCUCAAAUGGAUAUCAAACUGCACAGCAGUGAUGGUGUGCUUUUGCUGGAUGCUGAAACUGUGCGACUGCCCAAAUUGCCUGAGGGUACAAGGGGUGGAUCCAGUAUUUCUCAGGGGCUCUACGAAAUCUGUGUGUGUCCGGAUGGAAAGCUCUAUUUGUCAGUGGCCGGCGUGGGCUCCACUUGCCAUGAAUACAGCCGUGUCUGUCAGUGAGGCACCAGAAAAGGCGCCUUGCUACUCUGAUUUUUAUAUUACUGCUGAAGAGCAUUACCGAAAGCAGAAUUUUCAGUUUCAAACAUGAAGCACUUCAGUUAGGAAACAAAUCUGUAUGUACAAUUCUGGACUACAGGGUGAAAAGGGAAGAAGAGCACAAAUGACAUUUCAACUUCAAAAGAAUGACUUGAAUCAAAUUACAUGUUCUAUCAGUAACACUUUGAAAACAGCCUUAUGGAGAGCAUAAAAAAAAGGAAUAUGUUUCCUUGCUGAACUAUUACUCAGUCACAUGAUUAUGUCACUGUUAAUAUUUUUGAGCUCUGUGCGUUUUUUCUCUCACUACAUGUAAACACUUACUGCAUUAGUGGGUGAAAUUAGAUUGAGGGAAUAAUGCUAAGACAAAGCAUUAGUUGGGGAAUUCGAAAAGUGCCAGCAAAUGGUCUAUGCAAUUUUGUUCUUGCAAUAACACAAGAUAUGAAAAAUGUGGUAUUUGUAUAAGCUCUGUGUAAAAGGUGUUAAUUUGCUAAUACUUUCUGUUUUAAUUUGUCGACAUAUAUGCCGAUUUGCUUAUUACUGAGAUUCAUAUAAAAAUAACCAAUACAAAAAGCUUCAGGAGUUGUUUAUGCCACCUGUGUCUCAAAUCUGUUCACUAUACAAUGGAGAAAUAUGUUAGUAUAUUUUAUAAUAGCAAUAGUUUGUUUUAUUGCCUGUACUGUCAUACUCAUUUAAACCCCAUGUUAAUUCAACAAGGCAAUUUGCUCUGCCAGCUGGACUAGUAAAAAGAAAAAAAAUACAUGGCUCCAGAUUGUCUGACACAAGGAACUGUUUGGGCGGUGGGGAACAAAAUCCUUUUUUGCAGCCCACAGGAUCCAAUUAAGAGGACUAUUUCAUUUCCAUCUGCAGCUGUUGACUGAUACUUCUGAUCCUGUCGGAGCGAGACUCCACUACAAACGGAGAGAAUAAAACUAAUCUUUAUUAUUUUUUACAUUAGGACUUUGGAUACAAAAUAAAUGCUCACCAGAGUUGACAAACCAUUUAUUGACCUUGUAGAGAAACACAACUGCAGACCUAUUCCCCUGUACAGUGUUGCACUAAACACAAAUAAAUUGUUUGCACACCUCUGGGUAGCAAGAUUUGUACUGAAUAGUCUGUUCUUUAAAACUCAUGGGAUUUUAACUCCUUUGAUGCUGUUUUGUAUAUAUUUGAUUAUAUUAUUACCCAGGUAGGAGCUGCUAUCACAUAGUGCCUUGGUGUCUAUUUACAGAAGAUUUUAACCCAUAACUGUUAUUAAACCACAGAAUGUCCAUCCUUUAGAGAAAGGAAUUGUCAUCCUUAAAACAGGAGAAUCAGAAAAAAAGGAUUACUAAAGCUGUGUUGUUUUUCAAAUUUUCUACUUCAGCUCUGGCGGACAAGCAGAGAAACCAAACACUCAAUUAUGAUCCAAGAUACCGACAAAAGACUGAGUUGAGAAAGAGCCCCCAGCUAACAGUAUCCACUGUUAUUGUGGAAAAGCCCUGGGUAGUCCCUGCCUCAAGGGCUGCCUUUCUAAUUUAUCCAAUGAGUCUAAUGUACAAUACUGAAAUUGCCCUUCAUUAGCAGGGUGGAACCCUCAAUAAUUAAAGCAAGCUAGAAGAGCUUCAAUAGGAAAAGUAGGAGAUGUGCUUAAGCUGAGCUUUUGGGUCCCCCCAGGCAAAGGAGGCAAGUGAAUUGAGGUCUCUCAUGUUAUUUGGAGACUGCUCCAAUUGCUGACAUGUUCCCUAAGGGAGAAGGAGGAAGACACACAUCUUCCAUUUCUGAAAUCCCCUUUUCCUGGGCUUAGACAUCUACCUUCAGAAGUGAAUCUAGGGCUGUGGCCCUAAAGAGAGGAAUAUGUAUCUCUACAACUGUAUCUCUCAACUAUAUCUCUCUACAACUAAGCCCUCAGCUGAGGCAGACUUUAACAGAAACUGUCUCCAGCAUUCCUUUUAAGUCAGUUUAGGCAGUUCCAGCUCCAUGUGCAGGCUUUUGCAAAACAAAUUAUAAACAGACUUAGCUUAUUGACUGGAUAGAAAAUAUGAGUAUUAAAAUAAAGGGCAGCAAAUUCCAUUGUGUGUGCUAGAUGUCAAUAAACUGCUGCUACAAGUAACUUGGAGGGCUGUAGUGUCUCCAGUCCUUUAUAGACAUAGCAUAGCAGGAAAACCAGACUUCAGUCCUUAGAGAAUUCAGCCACUAUCUAGUUUCAAAAGCAUUUGAAUUGUCACCAUACCUAUGUUUCUGACAUCAGUGAACAUAUGCCCACUUCCGUGUGGUACCAAACUACUCAUUCACCUAAUCUAACCCCUAAAUAUUAGCCAGAUACCAUAAAUAAGUAUAUUAGUUACAAUCUGCCUCUCCUGCUGGCAAUGGAAAUACAGCAUUUAAAGUUAAUGCAUUUAAGCCUUUGUUUUGGAUACACAUUUUUAUAUGUGGUUUGCAGUUAAUACAGAGGAAGAAAUGGAAUCAAGGCUUUCCAGGUUACAAAAGUAAACCUAACCCUGAAACUACUGGGUAUUUGGAAGCCACUUCUAUUGCAACUCCUUACACUGAAGUUGCUCUGUUUUAGUUAUUUUUACAAAGCUGUGGUAUACAGCUAGGAAAAUAGGGGUGCAGCUCCCUGGCUAGUAACACUACUGAGCAUUUUGGCAUCUCAGUUAGACAUUGCAGUAACUAUUACCUUUCUCACAUGGAGAUAAACCUUUGGACUUGCCUCAGUUCACAGGUGGAACCUGAAUCAUACGGAAUCCUCAGCAUUGCCAUCAAACAAAACACCAACCUGCCCCUCUUCAGGUUUAAAUUCCAUUCUUCUUUUCAUGAUGCUACAAAACUGGCACUGAAAACGUAGUUGCAUUAUAUAAGUUUUUUUAAAGCAUGGAAACUUCGUGUCACUGAAAAACAAUUUUGGGAAUUUUUUCCUUUUAGGUGUGAUUAGUGGAGAAACAUAGUUUAUGCUAAAAUUACUGCAGUGUAAUCAGAAUCUGAAUUGUUAAUCUCGGUGUAGUUCAUACAUCACUAAAUUAUCUUUUCUGAUAUCUCCAUGUGAAUGUAUUUCCACCCCUCUUUAAUACUUCAAAAUUACUGUUUCUACUUGAAUCAAACAUCAGUAAGUAGUUACAGAUUAACAGAAAAUUAUGGCACAGGAGAGUAUGUGCUUCUCUAGUUUAUUUUCAAAAGUGUUAUCCAAAUGGAGAAGAAAAAAACCACACUACCCAGCAUUCACAACAGUGAACUGUAUUGGUUGCAUAUUUUUUACCCUCAAAAAUAAUUAUUUACAGCAGCUGUAGUAACUGGUUGGGAUUGUUACACAUUGGAAAAAUAAAAAUAUCAAAAUGGGAGUAAAACUUUAUUGGUGAUUGAUUGCCCAAACACAACCCUCUUUGUUUCCAUUUCACAGACCUUUAGUAUUGACAUUUGUUUAUCUUUAUAAAGCUUGAUGCAAAGGAAAUUGCAAGAAUUAACUGAAAACUGAGUUCUUGAAUAAACUUUAUACAUUUUGAAAAGCC